AUGUAUACUGCCGCUACUCCUGGUGUCUAUGGCGUCUUCAAUGUUAUCGACAAGUCGGCUCAUCGCUUCAAACGCAAGCUUGUUGGCCAGGCCAUUUCGGAGCUCUCGAUGCGAAAGUUCGAGCCGGUAAUGAGAGAGCAGAUCGAAACAUUCCUCCAAUUGCUGUCAUCGGCUUCAGGAUCAAAUGGAUCCCCCAUAAAUUUGACAGUGCUUGUGAAGCGCCUCACCUUUGACAUUGUUGGCUUACUUGCUUUCGGAAACAAUCUCAAAACACAGACAGAUCCCACUUACCGCUCACUAAUCAGCGCACAAGCUGCGGGAAAUCAUCGCAGUAAUAUAUUUUUGCAGUACCCUUUUUUGUACAAGACCAAGAUCUUCUCGUUUCUCGAGCUCUUUGCGUCGGACCAGGUCAUGGCAUACUACAACGCAAUCGAGAAGAUGAUCGCGAUGCGUGUGGCCGAAGCUAAACACGUGCGGCACGACUUGUAUUCCCUUAUUGUCGAUGAGAUGAACCCCAACGGCGAGUAUCUAAAGGAUAGCGAGAUCUGGGCCGAGGCGGCCUUCUUUCUCCCCGCGGGCGCUGAUACUAUAUCGGGGUUGCUAUGCGCCAGUUUGUUCUAUCUAUCCAGAAACCCAAACGCCUACGCAAAACUAGCCUCCGAGAUCCGCUCGAGCUUUGAAUCUGGGAAUGACAUAAAGACUGGCCCUAAAUUAUCUGGCUGCAAGUUUCUACGGGCAACAAUCGACGAAACUCUUCGAAUAUCCCCACCUGCCUCGGGAACAUUAUGGCGAGAGCUUCCCACUUCGGAAGAAAGCAAGAACACACCUCUUGUCAUCGACGGGCACGUGAUACCCUCAGGAGUGCAGGUAGGAGUUAACACUUACGCCAUUCACCAUGAUGAGGAUUACUUUCCCGACCCGUUCUCAUUCCAACCAGAGCGUUGGCUUGAAGAUACGGGAAUAUCAGCCUCCCGAAAACAGAUCAUGCAUAAUGCUUUCGUCCCAUUUUCUAUCGGCACACGUGGCUGCGCCGGGAAAGCCAUGGCGUACGCGCAGUCUAGUUUGGUGCUUGCGAGUAUUCUGUGGUACUUCGACUUUGAGGUUGCUCCGGGUGAGCUUGGGAAAUUGGGUGGCGGGAACAGUCGGCUGGGCGAAGGACGAGAGAGGGAGAACGAAUAUCAACUCUACGAUGUUGCGUCCGCUGUGCACGAUGGGCCAGUGUUAGUAUUUCAUCCACGGACUAAGGUGAUGGGAGAUCCGGUUAGUCAAGAGCGGCGAUGA